GUUUUUCCAGUCCACUGAGGACUUGAUCAGUCAACCAGCUCCUUCACCCUCGACUCCAGCAGCUAUCAGCAGCAAUAGCAACAAUAACAGCAGCAGCAGCAGCAGCAAUAACAGAUGCAGCAGCAGCAGCAGCAACAGUAGUGGCAACAGUAGCAGUCGGAACAAACACAGCAGCAACAACAGCAACACUAUAGGAAUGGAUUUACAAGAGUGCAUCAUAAUUUAAUUAUGUUUAAUUAUUUCUCAAUAAUUCUCACCCACCUUCCCAGACAACUAUUUCUGGUUACUGGAAUAGCAGGCAUUCCUAUGAUUGGAAUGCUGACUUAAUGGCGAAAAUCCUUCACCAAAUCUAUACACAGCUUUCGCACUGAUCACUUCCUUUCUAGAGGGAAAAGAAGAAAAAGAAGAAAGGGAAAAAGAAAAGCAAAGAAAAGACAUCCCCAGAUAUAGAAAGGAACAACAGUGGUUGCUGAAAGUUCCGGAAAGGAUUUCUUAAUUGAUGCUAUUCUUUUCGGUAAUUACAUUUUCGUCAACAACAUAUCAAGCAGACUAACUAGUACACAUAGAUAUAAACACACAUAUACAUACACGCACAUAUAUAUUUGUAAUAUAUUUUUAUAUAUGUAUAUAUAUACAUAUAUGUGUGUACAUUGAACACAGUGAUACAGAUUGAAUCUGAUUCUGAAUACAAAUAUUUAUAAAUAUAUCAGCUAGAUAAUCAGAAAUUUUCUUUGGAAUCAAAAAUUUGCUUCUGGUUUAAUACCAGUCUAACAUGUGAAUAGAAAGUGAAACUAAGGAAGAGACAACAGACUCAAAGGAAAAACUGGAAAACCAGCAGCAACAAAAGAAGGUAGCUAGUUGUUCGUGAAAGAAUCAACAGCAGAGUGUAGGAUUUUCCUAUAUCUGAAGAACUUACAUGCUUAAAAAAACCGGUGUCUGUUAGUAUAGUAUAAGGUCCAGUAAAGUAAGAGAAAGACAGAAGAAAAAAAAUUCUAAAAGAAAUUCAUUAAUUAUAAUAUAUUUAUAAUUAUAUAUAUAUAUAUCAAAGGAUAAAACUUGAGUUAGCAAAGGGACAUCAUCACUAACAACAAUAACAAGAACAACACCAAAACCAGCAGCAACGAAAAUCAAAAUCCUCAAGAACAAGAAAAACAGCAACAACAACAAUAACUACAUCAACAAUCAUCACUCCAUUUAUUGCUGAAGAAAAUCAGGGCUAGAAACAAGUUUGCCUGUGUAAAGCAUUCAUCUCACACAGCAUGGAGCGGAAAGCCCCUCCAGCUAACGCACAACAGAUUCCACCAGAACAAGAACUGGUUGGAGAUGCCCAGAAUCAGCGGAACUGGCGUGGAAUUGGGAUUGCACUUCUUGUUAUCCUCGUUGUAUGUGCUCUUAUUGUGACUGCUAUGAUUCUUGCGACUCCGUCUUCAAUAGAGGAAGUGCUUGGAGAAGCAUUUACCCUUAAUGAUGCAUUUGACAUAAACUUCAAGCCUCGGAAUUUUAAGGUUGACUGGAUCGACGGUGAAGAUGCAUUUCUUUACAGAAAUGAUGAUGGUGCUCUAUUUGAAUACGACUGCCUUACGAAAAAUUCUACAUUUAUUAUGGAUAAUACCACAUUUCGACAGUAUGAUACCAAUGUGUACUCAGUAUCUGCAGAUAGGAAAUAUGUUUUGCUGACAUAUAAUAUCAUGCAGAUUUAUCGACAUUCAUUUUUGGCUAAAUAUGAACUCUAUGAAGUUGCUACAAGGUUUACCACCCCAUUUAGAGGGCCAAAUAAUGAAAUUAUCGCGUUCUCUUUUGUCGCUUGGACUCCAGUUGGACAUGGUGUAGUAUUUGGAUUAGAUAACGACUUAUAUUAUCAAUCCAACAUCAAUGACUCAACUACAAUAACACGUCUAACAAAAGAUGGAAUAUUAAAUCAAAUAUUCAAUGGAGUUCCUGACUGGUUGUAUGAAGAGGAAAUCCUCUACAGCAACAAAGCCAUAUGGUUUUCGAAGACUGGCAAAUGCCUUGCUUAUGCUACUUUCGAUGACAGGGGUGUUCGAAUGUUUGAAUAUCCAUAUUAUGGCUACAUGAAUGAUGAAUAUCCAAAAAUCAACCGUAUUCCAUAUCCUAAACCUGGGACACCAAAUCCCAUUGUGACAUUGAAGGUUGUCAACCUUCAAAGUGUGUUACAAUUACAGUUGAACUUUACACCUGAAGUCAAGAAAUAUUUAACAGAUUACUACUUAACUCAUGUCGAGUGGAUGUCCGAUGACUAUGUCGCAGUGUCCUGGGCAACCAGGGCUCAAAACCACAGUAUUGUCACACUGUGCAGCUCAAGGGUUGGCAUGUGCCACUUUAGCACUGAAGUGAAGAAACUGCAUGGUUGGGUUGAAACGCCCCGUCCAUUCUUUGUUUCUGAACAAAAAUACUUCAUCAGGCUACCUGUCAAUGAUGGCAAGAGUGGACACUACAAACACAUUUGCCAAGUAUCAAUAAAACCUAUUAAGCAACGAGGAAAGCAAUUAGUACUAACUCAAGGAGAAUGGGAAGUUACAGAAAUUGUUGGUUAUGAUAGUGAGAAACAAAAUCUGUAUUUUAUCGGGACAGGAGGUGACUCAAGAAAAAGACAUCUUUACAGUAUAAGUGUGAAAGAUGACUCCAAAGUGAAAUACCCACAUAACUGCCUGACAUGCUCUGAAGAAUAUGUGAACUGUCAGUAUGCUCAUGCUACAUUCAGCUCAAGUGGGAAAUAUUAUAUACUGGAAUGCCUUGGACCAGAUGUGCCCCAUUAUAGCUUAUACUCCUCUGAUGACAACAAACUCAUAGAAGUUUUACAGGACAACACUUAUCUGAGGGAACGCUUACAAAUGAAAGCCCUACCAAAGAAACGAUACAUGAAACUGAAAAUAAAUGGAAAGCAUGGAGAAUACGAAACUUGGGCCAGGAUGUAUAUACCACCAGUAUUAAAAGAUGAAGAAAUUUUGACAUAUCCCCUGCUAAUUGAUGUAUAUGGUGCUCCAGGAAGCCAAAAGGUGACGGAGCAAUUUGAAUUGGGUUGGCAUACAUAUUUAUCAAGUUCUCAUAAUAUAAUCUAUGCCUCUAUUGAUGGUAGAGGCUCUAGCGGUAAUGGAGACAGAUUCAUGCAUGAAAUCUAUAAAUCUUUAGGAACUGUUGAGGUAGAAGACCAGAUAUUAGCAGGCAGGGAGUUUGAGAAACUGCAUUAUGUGGAAUCCAGUAAAAUUGCCGUUUGGGGUUGGUCAUAUGGUGGUUUUGUGAGUAGUUCGCUUCUUGGCCGAGGAACUGAUAUUUUUAAAUGUGGUAUUGCUGUUGCCCCUGUAACUGAUUGGAUAUAUUAUGAUACUGCCUACACUGAGAGAUAUAUGGGAUUUCCCAAUGAGAAUGUGGCUGGUUAUAAAGCUGCUAAGAUAGUUCCAUUGGCUCAUAAUUUCCAAAAAUCUAAUUUCCUCCUUGUGCAUGGGACUGCUGAUGAUAAUGUCCAUUUCCAGCAUUCAGCACAACUUAUUAAAGCUUUGACCAAUGCCAAUAUCUAUUUCAGAACUCAGAUUUACACUGAUGAACAGCACAGUCUGAACACAGGCAAUACUUACAGACAUUUACAUGAAACCAUGGAAGAUUUUCUCUUGGAGUGUUUUAAUGGAAAAUCUAAGAAAUUUGAUAAGAAAACAAAGAAACAGGAAAAACUUUCAGCAAAACAGGAGGAUGAAUAAUAACUGUACUCCAUUUAAUUUUCUGGAAGAAAACUUUGUAAAUGGAGUCUGUUCCUUUAAUUUUUCAAACUAACCUUAUCAUUUACUAAGUUAUUAUUUUUACUAUUAAUACAAGCUAUCGUUUCAUUUAAUUAGUUAUUUAAUAAAAUGCCUGAAAUGGUCACAACUUAAAUGCAAUAUUGAAAUCAGUGUCUUAAGUUUUCAAUUAUAAAUAUCAGAAUAUUAAGAUAAACAGUUAAACAGAUAAAACACUUGCUCUAAAUGGUUUAAGUAUAUAUCUAAAAAGAGAGAAUAUUUGUUCAUCUUUUUUCACACUAUAUAUUCAGUUUAGCGUACUAAUUUUUACUAAUUAUUUAGUCCAGAUUCUAAGGAUCUUAAUAUGAUUUAAUCUAUGUUAUAUUAAGUUAGCAGUAUUCGAAAAACCAAGUAUAUUUAGAUAAUAGUAAACCAGACUAGUUUCUAUAAAGUAAAUGAACUCUUAAGAUAGCUGUAUUGCCAAAAUAGUUUGACUAAUUAUUUGUAUCAAGUGUAAUUAAUUAGUCUACAUUUGUUUUUACUAAAAUGCAUCAUAAUGUGAAUGUAACAAAUUAUUUUACAUCCAUUAUUUACCUUAAGAGCAGGGUUUUUCGUUUUGUUACUUACUAAAUGCUAAUCUCACCCCACCCAAGAAUAUUCAUUUUCAAGAAGUUUUGCUGAUAAAUCUGUUUCAUUGAAUAUCAGCUCUGAAUCUAAUGGUUUUCUUAUAAUGUCAAUAUAUUUAUAUAUGUAUACAAUAUGUAUAUUUUUUUUUAUAUUUAAUCUAAUGAAAUAAGCAUGUUUAACUUAAGCACAGUAACUUUACACUCACUUUAAUUCUUUAAUUCUUAUACAAAACUGUCAAAUCAACACAUUAAAAAAAUUUAUUUAAUUUAAAUAAUGAUAUUUUUAAAAUCUAGGUAAUUGAUUUCUGAAUGAUUAAAGCUCAAUAAAUAGACAAUAAUUCACUUACAGCGUUGAAUUAGUGGGAAAAUUAUCAAAGUCGCUUCCAUUAAAAAAUAUGUUAAAAAUUAAAAAAAAAAGAAUAUGUUAUAACUUAUGAUAUUUUUCAUCUGAAAGCUUUAAGGGUUUGGUUACUAACAUAUAUUUUGACUUAACACCUUCAUUUACAUCGAUAUUUUAUUUAGUUGUUAUUGUUGUUGUUUUUUUUGUUUUUUUUUGUUAUAUGUUUUAUUUAUAUUUCCAAAAAUAUUGAAAUUCAUUCAUAAUUUGUUAUCAAAACAAAUUCUAAUAACUAACUUCCUUGUAGAGGUUAAGAUUAUUUAAUUGUUUUCAAGAUGACUUUGAGAUGGUAUUAGUAAGAUUAACCCUUUUGAUACCAACCGGCAUGAAACCACCUCUGGCUCUGUAGUACAAAUUUCUUGUUUUCAAAAGUUCUGAAUUAAAAUCUUCCACCAAACCUUAGUCACAAUUUAUGUUCCUAAGACUAGUUUAAUGAUAACUAAGUUAUUUUACUAAAUUCUAUGUUAUAUUUAAAAUUAAUUGAAAGAAACUCAGAGCAUCUCAACAAAAAUAUGGUAACAAGAGGGUUAAUUAGUAAGCUGGCAUAUUUUUAUGUCCUGCAUCAGUCAUUCUAAUAAAUUAUCACAGAAUAGCACCAAAUCUUAGUUUCAUAAUUUUGUAAACUAUUUUAAUUAUUUCAUUUCAAAAUUCAAUUUUAUUUUCUUUAAAGUUAAACUUGAGAUUAAAAAGAUUUAAAAUCUAAGUUUACCUUCCAAUUUAAAUAUAUUUAGUAUUUUCAUUAAUUCUAAGAUUUAAUUAUUUUUUCACCUCUUUUCCACAUUUUCCCUUCUCCCAUACAUGUCAUGUCCACAUUGAACUAUAGUUUUUCAUUCAUAAUUUUCUCUUUUCCUCUUCACCACCAUGUGCAAAUACAUACACACACACACACACACACACACACACACAUCUGAUACAUAUAUCCUUUCCAUUCAUCAUUUCUUCAUUCUCUAAGAAAUAUGUAUAAAGAAUUGAUUUAACAAACUCUACUGGUGAUAUUUCUUAUUUAUUACUCAAGAUCAAAGCAUGCCUUGUUUUUUUUUUGUGCUUUUUUUUCAAUAUUUUUCUUUUUAUUAUUUUCUUUAUAUCCCACCUAUUUUAUGUAUUUUUAAAGAAGCUAAACCAUUGCUUUUUUUUUUUAUUCCAAACAUAAAAUUUCUAGGCAAAAAAGAAAGAAUAAAUUAUUCAAUAUUUAUUGUAAUAUAAUCCAGUAUGAAAUACAUUUUAUACUUUUGCUCUAAAGCAUCAAACAAAAUGCCUUGCAGUAUUUGUUCUGGCUUUUUACUUCUGAAUUCAAAUCCCACUGAGGUCAACUUUGCCUUUCAUCCUUCUGGGGUUGAUAAAAUAAAGCACCAGCAAUGUGCUGGGUUGAUAUAAUUGACCGUUACCCUCCCCCAAUAUUUCUGGCCAAAUGAUUUUUAAUGCUUGACAGUUUUAUCUUAAGUUAAGAAUGAUUAUUUAUAAUGUUGUAUUAUUAUUAUCAUUAUUAUUAUUAUUAUUAUUAUUAUUAUUAUUAUUAUUAUCAUUAUUAUUUUAUAAGGGCAGUGGAUUGGCAAAUUCGGUAUCAAUGUAGACAAAAUACUUUUGUGGUAUUUAGUUACAUUUCUUUAUGUCACAAGUUCAAUUCCCACUGGGAUUUACAUUGCCUUUCAUUCUUAAGGGAUGAAAGUUGAUAAAAAAAAUACUACCAGUCAAGUACCAGAGGUCAAUAUAACUGACUAACUCCUCCCUAACUCCAAAUUUGAGGUUUUGUGCCUAUUUUAGAAAUUAUUUUUAAGGCAGAAUCAUUAGCACACCUGACAAAUUGUUUCAGGGCAUUUCAUCUGUCUUUACAUUCUGAGUUCAAAUUCCACUGAGGUUGAUGAAAUAAGUACCAGUGAAGUACUGAGGUCAAAGAAAUUGACUAGCCUCCUCCUACCAAAAUUUGAAGCCUUGUGCCUAUAGUACAAAUGAUGAUUAUUAUCAUUAUUAAAACAAAAGAGAAGAAAUCAUUACAAUUACAUUAUUAAUUGUAAAACUUCAGUUGUUAAUAUCAUUAGUGAUAGCAUCAUUAUGUAUAUCAAGAGGAGUUAUGGUACUUGAUGGUCCAGAUAAAAAUCCCAGCUAAGAUUUCCACUCAGAUAAAGAGGUUUGUAUUAACUCUUCAGUUAAACCAGGUGUUUCCAAAGUGGGAUGACACAAGUCAAUAAAGAUGUUGCAUUCCUGAAGUUAAGAAGAUAGAGUGACAAAGUUAUGGAAACACUGGAAACCACAGGCUAAAACUACAGCACAUUGCAUUAAAAUAAGAAGCUGAUUGUUAUGCUUCAUUCCAGAAAAUGAUAACUCAAACACUGAUAUAAACAGUAGAUAUGCCCAGUAAUUAAAAGCAUCGUCCUUAUGAUCCAUGAAACUCAGGGUUAAUGAGUUUCAUUGGUAAAUUUUCACAGAAAUAAUGUUUCACACCAUAAUCAAAAUUAAUUCCAAAAAUAUUAAAAAUUCAAGUAAAUUCAUUUAAAUUAAAAACUAAAGGAAAUAAUGUUUGUGUUCUUUGAAUUUAUAUUUUCAGUUUCUAGUUAAAUUUUUGAUAGUUACUUCAUGAGUAUUUAAUUUGUGAAUCAUAGAAGAUAUAUACAUUUAUAAAGAAAACGCUAUGGUUAAACAUUCAAAGAAUCUAUUAAAAAAUAUAAAACAUACAAUCAUGAUCUCAUAACUACUUAAUUGUAUGCUGAUAGUUAUACUAAAGAAUUCUCUAAAGCUUUGUGAAAGAGUACCAAAUUUCAAUAUUUUAAUAAGGAAUAUCCCAUUAAAUAGUGAUCUCCAUUUUGUAUGAUGGAUUCACAUUUUCUCUUUCUAUUUACACAUUUAUCUACUUUAUAUCUACUAUUUUAUCUUCAUAAAUAGUUUUCUCUAAUUCUCUAAUCAACCCAAUGCUUAACCCCAGCAGGAAAACUUUCUACUAGUACAGUAUUGUAUUGGCAUUUGUCUGUUUUGGAAGACAAUGGCAAUGCUACAAAGUCAUUUCUGUUUCACUAAGCAUUUUUGGUAGUUGCUUAGCAGUGCUAUUCUAGUGUAACAGACACUUCCACACUAUCUUUACAUAUACAACAAGCUGAAGAGUAUGAUUGGUUAUACCACCUCUGAUGCAAGGGAUCAUGAGUUUUAUCUACCACUGCCUUUCUGCUUAACAGUUUCAGCUUCAAGUUCUUUUUGCGCAAGUUCUUGGAGCACAGUAGCAGGCAAACUGUUCUUCAAGGUCUUCCAGCAAGCACUCCAAACAGGAGGUCUUUUGGGAUGCAGCCGUCUUCCAUCCAAUGAACAUGUUCAAGCCAGCUCUGGUAACAUUAGUACACUAUCUACCAUUCUUGCAACUGCUGCAAUUCUUCACAGUAAAUUAUAUUAUACAGUAAAUUAUAUUAUACUUUAUAGAAGUAAAGUUCUAUUGAAAUUAUUCUGAAUUUGUCAACUCACUUCAUGGUUAACCAUUUUGUUUAGAAAAUAUUCUUAUAGGAAAAUGUUUAAAAAUAUUUUGAGCAUUAGUUGAAGGCUUGUAGAUUAAAUUGCAAGUCAAGGAUUAUUAUGUUAUUUAUUUAAAUACAAAUUUUCCUUUCACUUGUAAUCCAUUCUUUAUAUAACAGUAGAAAAAAAAUUAUAUUAUCCUACAAAACCUUACUACAGUUGUAGAAGGUCUGGAGAAAAUAACAGGUGUUAUUACUAGGAGUGGAUAUAAACAAAUUGAAAGACUGAGUCUUCAACAUUGUAAAUGGACUAAUUAAAAUAAACAUAAUAUAAAAAUAAUCAGUUGCAAUGUUUUAACCAAUUAAAAUAAAUACUUAUUUUUUAAAAUGCCAUUUGGAAAUUCCAACAAUUAUUGUUUUGAACUUUUAAUUGAUGUACAAUAAACAGAAACUUCAUUCUAAUUCAGGAAAUGAACUAACGAUAUGAUGAAAUAAAUAUGUAAUCAUUCAACAAAUACAUUUGUGAACUAUGAAGCAAUGUUAUUGGACAAAACAAGAGAACAUGUUUGGGGACCUUGGUUCAAAUCCUACAUGGAUUGAUUAUGUCCCACCCCUGAAAUAUAAAAGAAAAUGAUCUUCUGUAUAGAAAAAAAUCCAAUAUACAGUGAGUAAAGUCUGUGAUGCUCUUUUGAUGCUGGUUGAUGUGAUUUCAUUAACUUCAUGGUUUCCAAAGCCUCAGAGAAAAUCACAAAGAUUAUCAUACUUCAUCUUUCCUAAAAUAUAUGCUCUCUAUGUCAGCUCAGAAGUACACAAAUGAUUGAGUACUAAUCUAGAUGCUUUAUGCUUUAAUCAUGAAUCAUCUCUGGCUGGAGUUAAAUUUCUCUCUCUCUCUCUCUUGAAGUCAAUAAAAUUGUUUAUAUCUCUGUCCGUAAAAAAGAUUGAGCUUUCGUGCAAAGGCAAGAAUAAAUCAAAAUAUAAUAGGGCAUAAUAGACCUUGCAACACCAUAUCAAUGUUCUAAAACCUGUAUUUGUUAUUCAACCUAGUCCUUACCCUUUUUAACCCCAAUUCCUGUUGAUUAUAACAUUAUCUCUUCCUUAUACUCAUGUGCUUUCAUAUGUGCAUUCAUAUUUCUGUACUACAUAUGUGUACAUAUGCACAUACACAUAGCAUUUGAUGAUUAAUCGAUGGCAAAGGCAAAAACAACUAAUCUAAUGAAUACUCAACUAAAAGGGGUAAAUGAUAAAAGAAAAAUCUAUUAAAAUAAAAUGGAAAGGAAAGAAUAAAAAUAGAAAUCACCAAGAGUUUUGAUUUAUCAUAAUCUUGGUAUACAUUUAUAAUAGUUUAGUAAUCUAAAAAUAAAGUAUAAAAAGACAGAAAUCAAUAGAUGCUGGAUUGAAAACUGGGGGAAAAAAACGUUGCUAUUAUAAGCAACAUUAGCUGGCUAACAAUAACUUGUAACUGUUGCCAAAUAUGUGGUUUCUGUCAUGUAACAGUAAAUUGGUUGUUUGUUACUAAUGUAACAAGAUGCUUGAUGCUUUUGAUUUAAAGAAACAGAUCAUCACUAUUAGUUAUUACCAAUGAUUGCAGAAAACUACUAACGCAAAAUAUAGCAGUAGCAAGUAAUGUGAAACAAUGUUUGCCAGACAGUAACCAGUUUCCUAACAAUGAUUGCUGGUAACCAGCAAAUAAACUGUUUGCUAGUAUAGUAACCACUGUACAAACCAAUUAUUGUUGGUAUAGCAACCAGAAACCAAAAACAAAGAUCGCUGUUAUGGUAAGCACCAGCCAGAUUAAAGAUUGCUGGUAUGGUGGUCACCAACAAAACAAAUGAUUCCAGAUAUGUUGACCAUCAACCAACAAUAAAUGAUUGCUGAUAACAACAAAUCAAUGAUUGCUUAUAUGGUAAUUAAUUGCUGCUUACUAACAGCUAAUUGUUGGUAACAAGCAACCAAGCCAAUAAUUACUGGUACCUAAUAACCAAGAUUAUUAGCAAACUACAACCAAAGUUUGUUGGUGACUAACAACCAAACCAUUGGCUACUAACAGCGGUAACCAGUGGUUGUGUAAAGGAAUAACUUUAUCUAUGGACUUUUAUUAUUGUAUUUUGUUACUAUAUUAAUUUUCUAUUCUAUUUUUCUGUUUAUUCAAGCAGAAAUUUAUUGCAUUUUAUAAAAUUAUUUCCAUUGCAUUUAAAGACAAGUAGUUAGUUACAGGUUGUUUUACACACUCUUAGUUAUUAAAUACCUAUAUAUGUGUGUGUAUGUGUGUGUGUGUGUGUGUGUGUGUGUGAGUGACUGUGUGCAUAUAUAUGUAUGUUACUAUGUGUAUAUCUAUGUGUGUAUGUGUAUAUAUAUAUAUAUAUAUAUAUAUAUAUAUAUAUACACACACACACCAUGUAAAUACUUUAUUACAUCUGUUUAUGUCUACCUUUAGUUGGACAAUGUGAUAUCAUAUGUUAAAUGACACUAAAAUGUCAAAGGAAAAAUGAAAGUUAUUCAAUUAGAAUCAAAUUUAAUGUGCAACCAAUAUUUUUUGUUCUUUGAUUGUAAUUAUAGUUACUAUUAUUAUUAUCAUUAUUAUUACUACCUGUAUCAUUAUUUUAUUUUUAUUUUAUUUUUCAUUAUAUGAUGAAUUAUGUAAAUAUCAAUAUGCAUUUAUAUAAUAGUAAAUUAGUUUUCAAUGUGUUUUUGUUGUUGUUUUUCUCAUUUUAUCUUUAUUUUUUAUAUUUUCUUGAUUGGCUUUAAAUGUUCUUCAAAAAUGUCCUAAUACUAAAUACUAUUUGAAAUUUUGACGUUGUUGUUGUUUUUUAUUUGUUUGUUUUUUUUUAAAAACAUUAAGUAUUAUUUUUAUUGUCAUCAUCAUCAUUCAUCAUCACUUAUUGAAAUCAUUUAUUUAUUGUAAUUAUCUUCAUUACUGUAAAUAUUUAGAAUGAUUUGUAGUAAUUGCUCCUAUGGUAUCACUAUAAACAAUUUCACAUUACUUGUGUUCUUUUCACUGGCAUAUUUAACCCAUUCACUAUUGCAGGAUUCUAGGAGCAAAAUGAAAAAAUAGAGUGAAAAAGGGGAAAUAGAAAGAUAAAUCAAAUUCUAUAUCAAUAUACAAGGUGGACGGAUUAACAGAAACAGAGGUGAGACAGCAAAAUACCUUGUGGUAUUUAGUUAUGUCCCUUUGUAUUCUACGUUCAAGUAUUGCCAAAGUUGACUUUGAUAUUCAGCCUUCAAAGGGUUAAUAAAUUCCAAGUCAAAAUAAUAACCAAAGUUGAUUUUAGCCAAUUGUAUCUUCCCCACCAUAAUAAAAAUUAAGACUUUGUAUCAAUGUUAAAAUUCAAUAUAUGACUACGACGAAAGGAGUGGUAGUUUGGAACAACAUAACUCAGCAAUAGAAAUUUGCUGAAAGCAUCGAAAUGUCUUACUCGCAAUUUCUUCUUAUAUUCCAACAAAAGAAGAAAAAAAUAUAUAAAAAGUGGGAAUCUUUUGUCUGAUUUUUUUUUUUUAAUUGUACAAGGACUAUGUUUAAAAGAAAGUUUUGUACAAAAAUAAACAUGUUAUUAUUGGUAACACAAUAUAAGAGAAUGAUACCUCUACUACUACUAAUAAUAAUAUUGAGGGUAGGGUUUUAACACACAGAUAUCAGAUUUUUUUCUUAUUUUCAAUUGCAUAGCACAUUGCCUGCUUACAUCUUUAGAUGCAAAAACUUGUUGACUUUUACUGUCUUUGGUUGAAACUUGGGUGCAGCUGGUAUAAAUUAAAGAAAAAGCAAAACAUUUCACAUUCCUCGAACCAGCAGAAUAACUAUUGUGCUUCCUUUUCACUUUAACUGAAGUGGUUUUAACCAGUGUUAUAGUAAUUGCACUUAAUGUUUAUUACACACAUACACACACACACAGAUGUUAAUACAUGUGCAAAUUUGUCCUAGAAUUAUUCUGAACAGUGAUAUCAUAGUUAAUACUACUUUUUGUUAGUUUGACUGUUAUUUUUUUCUCCUUUGGUUUUUCUUUUUAUUUGGUCAAUUCUGCCAGGAAGUUGAAGACUUUGUAUGCUACUUGAUAUUUCACCAUUUAUUGUAAAUACAGUAUGAUUAAAUCUGUUUAUGUGAUGGA